AUGUCAGAAGAAGGCAAACACUGUCCACCAUCCUUCAUAAUCCCAGGCGAAGUACCCAGCACAACAACACUCGACAGUACUAAUACUACACCAACUGUUACUACUAUCAAUACUUCAUUGCCUUCUUCUCCAACAGCACCUAUAAUAACACCACCACCGGCUCCACCGCCGCCACCCAUAGUAACUUCGUCUGUUGUAGUAACACCAACUAGAACAACCUCUGUGCUAACCGAUGUGGACGAAAAGGGAGGUAACAACUAUACCCCGACUACUAGUAACAAGACAAAGGAUCCAGAUGUACCAGUGCAAGCAUACGCAAAACUAGAGGGAGAGGAUUUCUGUUAUUAUAUUCGAACAUUACAAGUAACGUUGGGCAGAAAGGCGAUGAAACCUGAUAAUGUGGAUAUUCCUUUGGGCAAUACAAAAUCAGUUUCCAGACAGCAUGCACGUCUUUUUUAUAACUUCGCCACGCAGCGUUUUGAAAUGAUGGUAUUUGGGAAAAACGGCGCCUUUGUGAACGAAAGGUUUGUGGAACGUGGAGUCACGGUACCUUUGGAAAAUCGUACCAAGAUACAGAUUGGCGAAGUGGCGUUUGUAUUUUUAUUACCUCGACUAAUGGAAAUGGAUGAAACAGCUUUGCCUAGGAAUAAUGCUCUUCAUCCUCAUCAUCAUCAUCAUGACGAUCAAGGUGGUGAAGGCGGUGGAGGAUAUAUUUCUACUCCUCAACAAUUGGAAAAACAAUGUAAUACUUCAAAUUCAUUCAACAAUAAGGAUGUUAAACCACCUUAUUCUUACGCCUCUUUGAUUGCUCAAGCUAUCAAUUCUUGUUCAGAGAAAAAAAUGACUUUAAGCGGCAUUUAUGCUUAUAUCACUACAAAUUUUCCUUAUUAUCAAAUGACUCAAAAUGGUUGGCAGAAUUCAAUUCGACACAACCUAUCUUUAAACAAGGCAUUUAUUAAAGUACCACGGAAUGAUAAUGAACCUGGAAAAGGGGCAUUUUGGGCGAUCGAUACCAAUGCUGAAAGUCAAUUCUUGAAUGGGAUUUAUAAACGUAAUAAACGAGCCUCUCCUCAACAGUCCAAGAACUCACAUUCCGCCCAACCAAUGCAAACACAAUUGCAAAUACAAUUACAGCAUACCAUACGCCAACAUCUAUUAGAUCCCGUGCGUAAUCCAUUGCCUCCAUCCAUAGCUCAGUUAUUACCGCAAGCUAUUGCUCAGUUGCCUCCUGCCUUGCAAACACAGUUGUCAGCCACCUUACAGGCCGCUCUUCGUGCUCAUCAUCAACAAAAGCUGCAACAACAGCAACAGCAACAGCAGCAACAAAACGUUAAAGUAGACAAGUCCUCGUCAACAUCACAUUCAUCUAAUGUUGCAUCGCCCACAAGUACGGAAAAUACUGCCACUAUAUCCUCCUCAGUCUCUAGUACGAAUACUACCAACAUAACCACUAUCUCAUCCCCAACAAAUAAUAAUGCACAUGCUGAAGAUUCAAAGGACAGCUCUUUAUGAUACGUUUUUGUUACCAUUAAUCAAUAAAUCUUUUUUUCUUAUAUACA